AUGACUGUUAUAAUAAUCGAUCCAAGCACGAAAUUCCGCCCAGAUGAUCCCGAAUUCGCCGAUAAAUUACCCGACGCUUUCAGAGACUAUUCCGAAGGAGGAAAACAUUUCGAGCGAGUAAAACGAACCUACCGCUUGAUGCACACGAACCAGACGGUUCAAUUCGGCCUUGAGCAGCGGAAAAAGUGGAUGAACUUCGACCACGAGUCGUUGACGAUCAUGGAAGCUCUGGAUCGCCUUAACGACUUGAUCGACGAGUCGGAUCCGGACUGCGAUGUGCCGAACGUGUACCACGCGUACCAGACAGCCGAGGGAAUCCGCAAAUCCUACCCGGAGCGCGACUGGAUGCACCUGGUUGGCCUCAUUCACGACCUUGGCAAGAUCAUGUGCUUUUAUGAGCAGGAAUGCGAGUUCGAAACACCUCUAUUUCCGAUCAUCAUAAUUCAUAAGCCUAAUCCAAUUAAAUUUAUCAUCUCCGGAGCCGAAAAACAGGAAGUGGUCUAUUCCGCGGACACCUUUGAUGAAUGCAAGGACCAGAUGAAUCCAAAAUACAACACGAAAUACGGAAUGUACGAGAAAAACUGCGGAAUCAACAACUUGCAAAUGUCGUGGGGCCAUGACGAGUAUCUUUACCAAGUUUUGAAGAAUCAUGGAGCCACGAUUCCGAAGAUGGGCAUGUAUAUGAUUCGCUUUCACAGCUUCUACCCCUGGCACACCGGAAAGGCGUACGGUCAUUUCUGCACUGAAGAAGACAACAAAAUGCGGGAAGAAGUGAAAGCGUUCAGCAAUUUCGACUUGUACACAAAGUCAGACGAUGCCCUGCCCGACAAAGCAGCACUGAAGGAAUACUACCAAAGCUUGAUCGACAAGUACAUUCCUGGAAAAGUCAAGUUCUAG